AUGGAAAAGGCGGUGGGCGAGGAACCCGAAGCUGCCCUCGUAGGGCCUACCUGCUUGACACCACCACAAGCUCAAGUCCUGAGUCAUCAAACAUUCGAUUACAUCGACCCUACGCUAUUACUGCCAUCUGAACCCCAAGAACUUCUUGUUUCCAUGGAGUUAGGCGGGCUGUAUAACACUGAAGAACAAAGCCUUCUUGGCGCCUUCUUGUCCCCUCAGUCCCAAGCGGGCUCACUCUCAGCAAGGCUCGAUCUCUUGGAAUUGCACGUCGCCGCUCAUGCCAACUCUAUCGAUCGCUAUCGGAAUUCGUUCGACGCGAUCGCUUUUCGUCGCUUCUUUAGUGUCUCUAACGUCAAAGAAUUUGCCAUGAUAUUUUGUCGCAAGCGUCACUACCAAUACCCAGUUGUACACUGGCCUACAUUUGCCCUUGAACAAGCCUCUCUGCCUCUGAUGAUGGUCAUUUCGCUUACAGGGGCCACUUAUUCAUACCGUCCAGGACACGGCUCCGAGAACAUCACUGAUGCCAGGAACUUCUACCAUCUCGCGGACUCCUAUAUCUUCCAUGAAUUGAAGAUCUUCGUCGACAAUCUGCCAUCAGGGCGCGACCUUUCAGAGGCAGUCGAGCUUUGCCAGGCUGCUCUACUCAUGUAUGCUCUGGACACGCUUUUAGCGAGCGACUUAGAUAUGCAGCAAUUGGCCGUAACGGAGCGAUUACCAACGCUGAUCUCUGCUAUGAGAAGACUACAUUUCAUUGGUUGCCGGCAUCAUCCCUCUGAAGACUGGGAGCUCUUUUUACGUCGGGAGCACAUCAUUCGACUUGUCUCUUGGGCCUUUUGUGCUGACUGUUUGGCGACCUUAUCUUGCAACAACCCGCCGAUUUUCUCAAUGCUAGAAAUGUCCGGAGAUCUCCCUUGCGAUCCCACAUUAUGGGAUACUGAUUCUGUGUUAACUUUCGAAUUAACGAAACUCUCUCCUCAAAAGACCUCAUACUGUCUGAAAGAACUCAUUUCAAAGCUGCUUGAGGAGAACUGGCGGGCAGAUAUCGAAUGGGAGAACUUGCCCCUAUUUCACCUACAUAUGAUGCUGUGUGCCUUCCAACACAUCAUAUUCAACUUACAUGUCGCUAUGUUUCUAAAACAGCAGUCAGACAAGCUGCUACAGACUCUCGACAUAUGGCGACAUCUUUGGGAAAGGGCUCUGGAGAGAAUUCCGAACGAUCAUCGCAAGUGGCUUGGUGUAGCGAAGAAUGUUCCUGAUAUCGAAUACCUCUCAAGGAGGGUCAUUGAGAUUGCUGCUAGCCCCGAAGCGAGCUCUUCGCGAUACCUGCAGCGACUCCCAUCUCGCGGUGCAAGAGAUAUUCAUGAUUUCAUAAAGGAUUUUAUAUCCAAAAAGUAA